AUGUCCCGCACUGCUACUUCUGUAGGCUCGGUCGACGCCCUGCUGCUGGGAUCCGGCUGGACAGGAACCUUCCUCAUCCCACUGCUCCAGGAACAGAGAUUCAGCUACGCCUACACCUCGCGCUCUCCUCCGGACGAGAAGCAUCCCGACCAUCGCCACAGGAUUCAGUUUGAGCUCAGUGACCACGUCACCAGGCAGUCUCUUCGUCCACUUCCACGUGCAUCCACCGUUGUCAUCAUCUUCCCGAUCAAGAACGUGCAGCAGGUUGAUGAUCUUGUCCGCCAGUAUCAAGAGCUGCACGGUUCCACGCGAUGGAUCCAGCUGGGAAGCUCCGGUAUCUGGGGCCCCGGCAGGAGUUCAUCUUCAUCCCCGUUCGACACCUCAAAUGCACGAGCGGCUGCCGAGCAACGCCUUCUAGAUCUCGCCUCGGCGAAAGCCGCUGUUCUAAAUCUCGCUGGGCUGUACGGCGAUCAGCGACAACCUAGGAACUUUGCCUCGCGUGUUGGUGCGUCCAAAGAGCUUCUUUCUCUCAAAGGCAGCGUCCAUUUCGUUCACGGAAAAGAUGUAGCCAGAGCUAUCGUGCUACUUCACAAGAGCAAUUCGGCCGGCUGGGGUCGACGCUGGAUCGUCUCGGACACCCGCGUCUACGAUUGGUGGCAACUCUUUCGCUUUCUACGUCCCGUACUGCCAGACCACCCAGACGAUGGUCCACAGACGGCUCAAAGAUGGGUUAGCGAGCUGCUUGAGGAAAAUCAUGUCUCCGUCUUACCCCGUCCUAUCGCAGAAAAUGCGGGCCAGACCCUGCCUCGCUACCUAGAACGCGCUUUGGAAGGACAUGAGUUUUGGAACCUGUUCAACGAAAAGCCCGCCGUUCACUCUGUCUAUCGCGGCGGAGAACACGGUGUGCAGCCAAGCUUUUCGCUCGUGAACGGCGCAGCUCAUGGCGACUCGCUCAACGAAAAGGGACCGCUCGACAGCCAACCCGACGACAAGCUGGUCGGCUCCAGUAUGCAGUCGUUUGUGGUGAGAGAAUUUGAUCCCACCAUCUCCCAAGAUCGCAUCGACGACCUCAUCCAACGUAUCGAGACCGAUGCACAGCGUCACCUUCCUUCCAAGGCCCACUUUGAAGGCGACUACGAGCGUCUCGGCUUAACCCAUCAACGUUUCUGCCAACUACGCGAUGCUUGGAUCCCCUUUCUCCGCUCUCAAGCUGCCGACUCUACAUCCCCCAACGAAGAGCUAGACGAUUCCAUCCGAAUCCGACACAGCACCACCGAUCGACUAGGCCCUGAUCACGACACCUGGGCAGCCGAACAGGCGCGCAUCUCGUCUUUCUCCCACUACAAGGUGCUCAUCGAAGACGUCGAUGUCCACUUCAUCCACGAACGCGCCAACCCUCCCGCUGCUGGAUUCAAUGUAAAAGUGAUUCCUCUGCUUCUGCUACAUGGAUGGCCCGGGUCGUUCCACGAGUUUCUCGACGUCAUCAAGCCGCUAGCGCAUCCGGGCAACUUGACGCCCAUCCACUUUGACGUCGUCGUCCCCUCGCACCCGGGCUACCUCUUUUCCAGCGCCGCUGCUGGCCUGGCUCGCGAUUCGCGCUCAGGAAGACUCGUCGGAUCGCAUUCGGGUCCGGAUGGCGACCUGCUCGUCAAGGACGUCGCACGCAUCAUGCACAAGUUGAUGACUUCACUCGGCUACUACAACUAUGCGAUCCAGGCGGGCGACUGGGGGGCCGCUGUGUUGAGGAGCAUGGCCAACCAGUUUCCAAAUCACGUUCGGGCGGUGCAUCUCAACUUUUGUCCCAGCCAGGGCCCCAACCUCGUCCUUCCUGUGCUCGGGCGAGAGGCGACACCGCAUUGGGUGUUGAGGCUGCCUCACCUGGUGUCUACGCAGCGUUGGUCGAAAAAGGCGCUGGGUGUGUUUGACAGUUGGACCCACGGUGAGCGUUCGCGUUCGCUGUGUGGGGCGGGCGCGGCUGUUGGCCACGCAGCGGAGUUCGCGACCGAAGCGGCUUGGAAGGCGGUCUCGCUGCUCAGCCUCGGGGCGAUACCUGCGCCACUUUCUGGGGAGGACCGCGACAAAUUGCAUCGGGGUAUCGAGUUUGCAGCUACCGGAAGUGCUUACGCUGCCAUGCACGGUACACGACCGUCGACGCUGGGUUUGGUGCUCUCGCGCUCCCCGCUCGCCACUCUCGCUUGGAUUGCCGAGAAGAUGUACGCAUGGACAGACGCUGAUCCCGAGCUUGCGACCAUCUUGGCGAGUUUGACGCUCUACGAGACGACGGACACCAUCGCCGGGUCCUUCUAUCCUUAUCGAAACCGCGAUCCGCGCGGGCCGUCGGAGGUAGCCAGCAACCCAAACAACUUUGUCAAACAGCCCACGGGUUAUUCGAGUUUUCCGAAGGAGAUCAUCCAGGCGCCCAAGUCGUUUGUCCAGGGCAGUGUGAAUCUCAAGUGGUACAGGAGGCACGAGCAGGGUGGCCACUUUGCUGCGCUCGAGCAGCCGGCGAUGCUUGUACAGGAUGUCGUGGAUUGCUUUGGUGACCUUUGGCCGUAUUGA